CGGUUGAAACACGAAGAUCACUUUCCAUAUCUUCACAUUGGCUGCGGAGCCUACGAAGCUCCUGCUCCAUACCCUGUGCUGUAGCCAUGUCGCAAUCUCCGAAGAGACCUACGGCAUCGGGCUCAGCACCUUCUGGUAGCGAAUCGCAGUAUGUCAAAGACAACUUCGUGCCUCGCUUUGACAACACCUUGACCGGGUACAAGGAGUGGAGAAAGCGUGUGGUUUUGUAUUCCAGACGCUUGGCGAUCCAGGGCAGGGCAAAAGAAGUCGGAAUGAAUGUCUUAGCGAUCCUAGAAGGUUCCAGCUGGACACAGUGUGAGGACAUAGACUUGAAAGAACUCGAAGAUGAAAACGGUUUAGAUGUCCUUCUAGCACGUUUAGACAAACAGUGGCAGUAUGAUGACCGAGUGGAAACUAGCAACAUUUUCGACACCUUUUUCUUCAAGGUUCAACGGAAGACUGGCCAAACUCUCAUGGAGUAUGUCACAGAGUUUCAUCAAGCCUUGAGGGAAGUCUCACGUCUGAAGGUGUCUUUGCCUGAUGAGAUCACAGGUUGGCUGCUUCUGAGGCGUGCCGCACUCACCAAGGAUCAGCAGCAUCUUGUGCAAACUCAGGUCGGCAGAAACCUCACCCUGAAGAAUGUCGAGCAGAGCAUGUAUCAGGUGUUCGGCCAGGACUACAGGCAGACCUACUUGCCCAACACCAACAAGGCCAAGGGCUUUGCGAAGGGCAAGGGCCGUCAACAUAUCAUGCAUGCUGAUGAUUCAUAUGAUGAUGGGAGUGAAUGGCAAGAAUACUAUGAGACCGACGAGGUCUACUGGGAUGCAGCUGGCGAGUCACCUGACCAUGAAGAAUACCAUGAUCCAAAUGAUGAGACGUGGGAUGAUACCUACUAUGAGACUGAAGAGUCCUACCAGGAUGAAUCGCUCUUUGACAUCCAAGAGUAUGAUGAGGCCUACACGGCCUACACCGAUGCCAAGCAGCGCAUACAGCAGCUUCGUCAGGCCAGAGGCUUUUAUCCAGUUGUGGCUCUCAUGGACAACAAGCAGAUGCCUCUUGCUGCGUCAGGCGCUGGAAGUCCGAAAGGCAAGGGCAAAAAGUCAAAGAAACCCACCGAAGCUCCACCGUAUGCUAAGGGUAAGGGUCCUAAGGCUAGAGCCAAGUCUUUCUUUGGCAAAGAUGUUUGUUUGCGUUGUGGCAAAACUGGCCAUCGAGCGGCCAACUGCACUCAACCCUCGAGCUCUUCGGCAUCGGGCUCCAGCAAGAAGCGUGUCAUUGAUCUUGAUCCCAUGGUGAACAUGGUCUUCCAUCAGCAGUCUUCUUCACCUGGCGAGACUGAUGAGUUCUUUGAGACUGAAGAGGCCUACGCACAGGGCGAAGCACUGGUGCGAGCUGGUGGCUGGAUCACCAAGGUUCAGUUCGCCGAAGAUCCUGAUGAUGAGGUUUUCUAUGAAGUUGACAGCUACAUCAACGUGGAGGACGACGCCUCUGACGAGAUCUUCAGCAAGGAUGAAGUGGUCGAACGAGACCAAUGUGCGAUGACCAAGACAUGGGUCUGGAUGCAGGGCCAACUGACUGCAACCAAUCGUCGCACAGCAGCUCUGGCGAAUGAAGCUCGAGAUCCUGCUCAACCCAGGAAGAAGCUCAUUUGGGAGGUCUACAGUGGCACAGGUCUUCUUGGCGAAAUGGCUGAACUCAUGGGUGCCGAAGUCAUGCGAUUUGGGCUUCACAACGGCUGGGACUUUACCAAGUCAUCUCAUCGGCGCCAGCUCUUGCAAAUGGCCGAUGAACUUGUUGACACCAUGUGGAUUGACCUCAGCUCCAUUGAUGGCGCUCCAAAUACCACAUCAACCACUUCCAAAGGCCGAAAGAUUGCAGUCCUGGUGAUGAUUGACACCGCCACCAGAUCAGCUCACCCGAAGAUCAACCAGACCUUCAAGAUCAACAGAUCCAUGAGCCAGAUCAACUACACCAACAACCUGUGCAAGUACCACAACAACCUGUUCCCCUACAACAGCAGCAAGAUCAACAACACCAACAACCUUCUCAAGUACCACAGAUUGAAGCACAACUUCCUCACGAAGUACCAGUGCCUCAAGACGAAGAAUUUGAAUCUGAGCCAUCUGUGGCUGCUGGCAGUGCACCGCCUAUGCGAACAGCAACAGCGAGUCAAGCGUGCACGUCAACAAGAUCAAGAACUUGAGAUGCACGUUGAUCUCUUUUGCGGAGGAGAAGGGCAAGAAUCCACGGCAUUGCCCGGAGGAUGGUACUUUGACUCCAAGACACAAGAGUUCUACCUUGGCGACACGGUGGACUACUGGAGCUAUGAGGAUGGCUUCCUUGUCCGGAACCAUGUUCUCAGCAGAACCCACACUUUCCAGGCUGAAGAAUUUCCAAUUCCUCAAGACCAACUUCAAACCACGACUGGCUUGACUUUGCAGCGUGGAUCAAGACAGGUCUAUGUCAAUGACUCCGAGUCUGUUCAACUGGGACAUGACCAGUGGUUUGGGAAGACACUCUAUCCCCUGACCAAGGAAGCUGCUGAGAAUCGAGGCCAAUACUACUUGGGUGACUUUUCCCAGAAGCUUCAGAGUAACCAGACAAUUCGAUGCCGAGGUCAUAUCUGGGCAGCUCAAGCUUUCCCAAAGCGAAAGGCCGUGAAAGAAUCUGCAGAUCUCCGAGAGAGCAAGAUGAGCUUGGAAGAUCGUUUGGCCUUCGUGGAGGGCAAGAAGGCUGAGCUUGCAGCCAUCUUUGAGCACAAUGUCUGGGAGGUUGAACUACAUCCUGAGAAAGUCGACUGGGGACGAGUUAUGAAAGCUCGUUUUGUCCUCAAGUGGACCAGCGAUGGAAGAGCCAAAGCACGGCUAGUGCUUCAGGGCUUUGGCGACCCAGACCUGCUUCAAGGUGAGUUGAACACCUCAUCACCGACAUUGGCAAGGUCGUCACGACAGUGCCUCUUGGCAAUAGCAACAUGCUCGAUGUGGAAGCUGUUCAUCUCAGACGUCUCCACUGCCUUCCUUCAGGGUGAUCCUCAGACUAGAAUCCUGUGGGCCAAGAUUCCAAAGGAUGCUUGCCAACUGAUAGGAGUGCCCCCUGGCACACUCAUGAGGCUUCUCAAACCCAUAUAUGGACAAGCCGAUGCUCCCAGACAAUGGUUUGUCGUUGCUCGACGCAGAUUGAUCUCCAUCGGCUAUAAGCCGCAUGCUUUGGAUCAAUGUCUCUAUUUGUUGCAUCAUGGCCAAGAUCUCAUCUCGAUGAUUGGUCUACAUGUUGAUGACCUUCUAGGAGGAGGUGACGAAAACCAUGAGCGAUAUCAAGAGGCGAAGCAACGACUGAAGGCCGAAUUCACCUUCAAGCAUUGGCGCGAACAAGGUGAAAAUGAGACGCUGGAGUUCUGUGGAUGUCAUCUCACACCCAGUGAGACUGGAUGGUUGCUUCAUCAGAAAGAAUACAUCGUGAAGAUGAAACCCAUCACCUUAGCAAACGGCAAUCAAGAAGAUCGAGAACUCAGUCCAAAAGAAGUUAGCCUGUUGCGUGCGUUGCUUGGAGGUCUCCAGUGGCCUGCUACCCAAAGCGCACCCCAUCUGUGCGCCAGCGUGAGUCUUCUAUGCGGAGAAGUUCCUCAAGCAAGGGUGUCAACAGCCCAACAGGCCAACAAGCUCCUAAGACGCAAUUCCGAGUCCCAGGGUGGAUACUUUGUUCUCCUCAUGCACUCUAAGGUUCUUCAAGGACACAUGGACCAGCCUUAUAUCAUUCUUGAUUGGCGCUCAUUCAAACUACCACGAAUCAGCAGGAGCAGUUUGAACUCUGAAGCUCAAGCGUGCUCAGCUGCCAUGGAUGCCUUGGAGUAUCUCAUGAUCUUUUGGCAUGGAUGCAUGGUGCAUGAUUUUGAUUUGCGCUACCUGGACACUCAAGACAUUGCGAUGCAAUCAGCACUGGUCAUUGACGCAAAGGCGUUGUUCGACAGCAUCAAAGCCGAAGUUCCCCAACUUCAGGGAGACAAACGCACCAAGAUUGAAAUCAUGAUUGUCAAGCAGAAGAUGGACGAAAUUGGCACGAAACUCCGGUGGAUCAGCUCAGAGAUCCAGCUUGCUGAUGGUGUCACCAAGAUUGCGGCGCGACAGCUCUUGGCCGACCGUAUCAGAACACACCUGAUUUCCCUUCAAGCUGAUCAAACUUUUCAGGCAGCAAAACGAAAGACGCAAGCUGAACGACAAGCAUCAGCGCGUCGCAAUGCCAUUGGACGCAUGGUCCACAAAGGCAGCCUGGGCUACGUGGUUUUGACCAACCAGCUUGUGCCAGUUCGAGGUGAAGGUUCUUCACAUGACCAUUUCCUUGACAUCAUCUUCACAUUUUUCAUCAUCAUCUUUAUUUUCCUCAUUUGGCAGUUCUUUCAACGAAUGACAUGGUCCCUGAGGAGCUCUUUUGGCUCAACCAGGACAGUUUCCCCGCUCUUGCAGAGCACCUCGACACAGACCGAACCGGACGGUGAGAUUCCAAAGAUGCGCCAGCACCUGGAAAAUCAACGUCAUCGAAUCAACAUGCUUACCCAACAAGUCCAUGACAAGGACGACAAGAUCACAGAUUUGCAGGAAUGGAUUGACUACUAUCAAGGAGACCUGGCAUCGACACCACUUUGGGUGAGCCGAGCCGGUGAAAGAUUUCAUGUAAGACCAGAAUGUGAUUCCCUUCGGCAUGCCAAUCCCGGUGGCAUCAGAAGGCUUACACUUUGCUCACAUUGCAUCCGAGAUUUGCAUUCGAGCAGCG